AUUUGCUUAUUUCCAAAUCUUCAAAUGAGAAUCUUCAAAUGAGCAAUAAGCAUCGCAUUAAUACCACACAUGAUACGGCCUCAGCUCUAUAUAAAUCCGAGUGCAUGUAAGAAUUUCUCAAAAGGUUGUUAAUACGCUAAUCAUAAAAGUACAGUAGAAUACGAAAGCGCCAAAAAAAGGAAGACCAAAAAAAAAAAGCGUAGGGAAGUUUCCUCCUUCCACUGUAUCUUUCCACAGUAGAAGGAAAAGAGGAAAAAACGUGUACAAUGAAAAAUUUAUUUUCCAAUUUUUCUGAAUAUUCAUUAAAAUACCCCUUUUAAUGCGGUUGAUUCAGAUCAAUCAAAUCACCCCGGAAGAACACCCAAUUCCCCUCUUCCGGCGGGUAAUCCCCAGUUCAAUUAAUUGUUUCCUCAAAUUUCGAGAUGGGUUCUUCGGAUAGUACAACGUUGUCAUCUUCAUCGGAUGUUGCGGGCUUAAUUGUUGAUGAUGAUCCUACAUUUGUCGAUUCUUUGCCUGUUUAUGUUAGAGAAUUGAUUGCUGGUGGUGCUGCUGGUGCUUUUGCUAAGACCGCUGUUGCCCCCCUUGAAAGAAUUAAGAUUCUUUUUCAGACACGAACGGAUGGAUUUCAUUCUCUUGGGGUCUACAGGUCACUGAAGAAGGUGCUAAAUCAUGAAGGGAUACAAGGGUUGUACAAAGGGAAUGGUGCAAGUGUCCUCCGGAUUGUUCCUUAUGCAGCUUUGCAUUACAUGGCGUAUGAGAGGUACCGGUUUUGGCUGUAUGAUAAUUGUACUUCCCUGGGGACAGGACCUGUUGUAGAUCUUAUAGCCGGCUCAGCAGCUGGUGGUACUGCAGUUUUAUGCACAUACCCCUUGGACUUGGCGAGAACAAAGCUUGCUUAUCAGGUAGUGGACAAACGGUCAACUUUCAGGAGCAGUUUGAACUGCAGCAACUCUUCUCCAUCGUAUAGUGGAGUAAAAGAUGUAUUUAAGCGUGUUUACAAUGAAGGCGGUGUGCGCUCCUUGUAUCGUGGCGUGGGACCAACACUUGUUGGAAUCCUUCCAUACGCUGGUUUGAAGUUCUAUAUAUACGAGGAGCUCAAAAGAAGAGUUCCUGAUGAGCAUCAAAAAUCCAUUGUAUUAAGGCUUUCUUGUGGAGCUUUAGCUGGCUUAUUUGGACAAACCUUCACAUACCCAUUGGAUGUUGUUAGACGACAAAUGCAGGUUGAAAAUUUGCAUCAAGGUGGAGCAAGGUAUAAAAAUACCAUUGAAGGUCUUAAGGGGAUUGUUCAAAGUCAAGGAUGGAGGCAGCUGUUUGCUGGUUUGAGUAUUAAUUACAUCAAAGUUGUUCCGUCUGUUGCCAUUGGUUUUACGACUUAUGACAUCAUGAAGUCUUGGCUGAAUCUUUCAUAUCAGCAUAAGCGACAAGGGAUAUCUGGUGGGUGAAACUCAAAUCAAAUCUAACUAAGACAGCAAGGUAAGGUAGAGGAGGAGAGGAGGAAAUGUGAGUCCUCUGAUUUGAUGACUUACACGUCUCAUAGAAUAGAAUUGACAUGAUAAGAUUGAUGUAAUUUUUUUGCUCAUAACCUUGAGAAAACUCGAAUAUUGAUUUAGUACAGAUGAUUAAUAUAUACUUCUACAUUGAUUUGA